UUCCCCUUUAAGUCUAUUCAGAUCGUGCAAUCUACGCCUAUCACGUGGAUAAUAUUAAUAUUAUAUAAACCAAUCACAGCGUGACUUUUCCGCAAAAUAGGAGUUGGCACAAAUUGGGUCAUGCCUAGGCCUAUAUUUUACCUUUUCAGUGUUUGGAGUCUUUUGGACAUUUUUUCUUUCUCUUUAUUAUUAUAGUUUUGGUCGUAAAUCUAAUCCGUGGGGUGUCUGGUAUAUGAUGGUUCGACAGAAUUAUGUCAUUGAACUUUGCUCCGAGUUUAGACCCAAUGCAAAGUCUGAACACUGUAACGACACGCAAUAUAUUACAUGCUUCGAUAGACUCAACACACAACAAAGAGAUGAGGAGUUAUCCUGGUUCAGGGGCUCUCACCAAAACAGAAGCUGGUAUGGUGUUUUACGAUUAGCUGUUGGUGUUCAGAGGCGAGGACCCUGCCAGAAUCCCAUUCGGUUGAGCUAGUCGCUUCUUGAUAGCUAUGGUUCCCGAUGAGCAUGUGGAUGGUGUACUUGGCCAUGAACUGGUUCCAAGAUAUCAAUCCAUAAGCUAGGAGAUUCAAUGAGAAUCACUUACCAGAAAAAUUCGUUGAAUUUACUCGCGCUUCCGAUCUCUGAUUUCCAGCCCUUCUUGUUGGUUGCGAAGCAGGAUACUGGUGCUUGGAAUAUUCCGAAUUUAUAAUUCCACUUUGCCUGACAGAGGAUAAUGACAUCGAAUCCUUCCUACUUGAACUUGUAACAUCCUCAAGAACUCUAUGUAUGUGUCUUUCUCUCUCUCUCCAGUGCUGAAUUUCAAACAAUGGAUCAGAAACUACUUCUUCCUCCAGCGUACUCGCCGACCACCGAAGAACUGAAAUCACCCGUGGGGCAGUUGCCGACGAGAUUGGCGCCCAUUUUCACGACGCCACAGAAAUCAUGUGAACACGAUCGCUCUCGUGGGGGACUGUGUCGCACUAUCGUUCUCUGUGUACUGGCCCUGGCCAUCUGCGCCGGGUUUGUUUUACUCUACUUCCAAAUGAAGGACCUUCAGCAUCAGGUCCAGGAACUACAGCUCCAAGUGGAAGAAGGAAGUGAUAUUCAAUUUGAUGAGCAUGAAACACCGCCAGAUCAGGGGAAUCACGACGAGACUCCAGAUCCCGACAAAGCCGAUUCUGAUGGUUCCAUACACUACAAAGAGCAUACGAGAGAGAGGCGUUCAAUCAACGGACACCAUGGCAACGGAGGUUCGAGAAGACGAUUACCUCGACCUAUGCAAGUUGGAGAUCCUUCGGCACACGUUGUUCCGCUCGCCUCAAGUCAGCCUCAAUCACACAUGUAUCCUGCAAGUGCGUGGUUUGUUUGGACCGACCAAGAAAGCUACUCCCACGCUAGCAUCCCUCUCCGAAUGAACAAAUUCUUAAUUGCCCCUCACGCAGGAUACUACUUUAUUUACGCCCAAGUUACCAUAGAAACGUGUAACAACAAUACCUUAGGAAGAGGCCAUAGUCUCUACGUAAAAACGCACUGUGGACGGCAAAUCGAAAAGAGGUUGACCCAUACACAAACAAGUCCGGCUUUCAACACGCUACAUAUCUGCACUUACGAUUCCAGUUACACAGGAGGUGUGUAUUACCUAGAAGCCAAUGACCACAUCGGAGUGAAACCUUUUGUUCCCCUUGGCCUCGCCGAGUCCCGACUCCACCUCACAGAAGAUAACUCCUACUUCGGUAUGAUUCAACUCUCGAAGUUCGAGCGAGGAACGCGGGGAGAUUGUAGUUUACAGAUUCCCCAAUUUUAAGUUGUAUAUUUAUUGGCCCGUAUUUCGAUGUCGAAUUUAACUGAGACCAUAUGGUAUAUCUCUGUGCUAAAUUCAUGGGAAGCCAAAUAUUAUGUUAAAGUUUCGUUUACAUCGAUCGUAAUGUUUCUGUGGUGAACUAGAAAUGAUAAAGAGAAACGGUAUUUUAUGUCGCAAUUGGCUAUCCAUAUACCCAAACCACAGACAAGCAUGGCCAGCAGGGACGGAUCUAUCUGGCUUUUUUCCAAGGAGGGGAUUUGAGAAGCUCAAAAAACGGGGGGGGGGGGUUCACUACAAAUGAAGGUCAUUUUAGUACAAAGAACAGGCCUCCCCCUCCCGACUCCAAAUAAUUCCUCACUAAUAUCAUGUUUUCAUCAUAGGCUGAAAUCUACGCCGUUUCUUCACAUAGCCGUUAAUGAAAAGUAGUUUCCCCUGAUUUGGGCAAAUCAUUAUUCCAGUAGGCAUCGCCUCGCCGUGAAACAAGCCCCUAAUGAUUAUUUAAGUGGUUUGGGGGUAAAAGAACAAGGCAGAUCCAAUAUAUUUCUAUGGGUAUAUUAUCUUAUCCAUGGAUAUUGAAGAUCAAAGAUAUUAGACAUUUAUUUAUUGUUUAUCUUGAAAUAAUGCGAUUUAAUAAAAAAAAUCGUCUUACGGUUGGAACGUGUAGUGUGCGGCAAACUUUAAAUUACUACAACCAUUCAGAGUCAUGGGAAUGAUAUUCAGAGGAGGUGCUGGUUUGGAGAAAACAAAAUGGGGAACAUAUUUCAAGGUUUUCACUGUCUCCAGAAUGAAGGUGAUUUUGUUCAGGAACAAUUUGACAACCAAAACAAGAAAGAAAGAAAAGAUUUUCACUACAAAUUGAAGGUGAUUUGGUAAUACCCAUAUUGUAUAACACACGCAACACCCAAGGCAAGUAAGUCUCUGGGCACCCCCUGCACCCCCGCCUCCCAGGGUCAUGAAAUCAUCAUUGAUAUCAUAUAGCUUGCACUGGGAGCAAGUGAAGCUAUUCAAUCUGAAAAGUGACAUUUUCUCGUCAUUCGCCCUCAUAGGAAUAGAAAUCGAAGUUUAAACUAUGUUUGUUCUAUUAUUUGUGUAAAUAAUACUAAGAUAUACGUUUUCUUAUAGUUUAUGUGACUCUAUUUAUUGUACAUCUUGAUUUCAAAGAUUUUCCAGUACUAACGAGCCCCGCCCAUUUCCGUCUUAUCAUAAACGAAUCCCGGGGACAUGGGGGCGGGCGGGGCGCUGCCAUUUCAAGGUGGACACUACAUAUGCCAUGGUCGUCCAUAAAAGCAUGUAAAAUUGUAAUUGCGUUUCACGAUUUUACGCCCGUACAGUGAAGGGUAUAAAAUUUGCCAAGAUCAGAGACAAUGGGACAUGCUUUUGAAUCUUUCAUGACAAAAGAACAUUUGAGACAUUGUUAGGGGGGGGGGGGGUGGCGAAGUGAGUUAUAUUGGUAGUUGUAGACUGAAACAUGAUUGAUUAUAGGUCUUUUUUCAAAUCCAUUUCAUGGAAGAGCUUGGCGUUCACCUUAUUUUUACAGUGCCCCACCCCCCUCUUCCGGGCACGAUGCCCUUGAACCCCGCGAUGAGAUAUAUAUUCUUAUUCUUGUCGAUCAAUAAUAAGUAUUACUAUACAAAUACCAAUACAAAGUUACGGCGUUGAAUGAUUGGAGUACGGACUAUCUAACGUCAGAGGCUUUAAAAAGUAAAGGCAAAAUUUUCACAUAAACUACUGAACGUCGGGUGUUAUAAUGAUCGAAGUCAAGGUCAUCUUUUUGCUGAAGUGGCGUAAUGAGCCAACAAAAUUAAAAUGAGGCGGCCAAACAUGGCGCGCGCGGCAAAAUUUCUGUAAUAGCGAUCGAGCAAAAAUUUUGAGCUUCUUAAAUUCAUAAUCUGAUGUAGUGAUUAAUCUAAAAAAAAAUACCAUUCAGAAAAUGACUAAUAUUCUCCCUCUAUCAUUUUCUUUCAAUUUUCUCCUUCUUUUCCCUUCAUUUUUCUUGGUCGUUGUUUUUGCCCACGCAUCCCCCCAACAAUUUUUAUGCCAGUGCUGACAUGGCUGAAGUUAUUCCAUUUUUUAAAUUCUUACAAAAUUGUUAAAAUUUUUCGAGAACACAGAAAUAUAAUCUACUUUGGAGAAAAUAUAGCUAUAGGCAUGCUAGAAGAAGCAUAUACUACAUGUUAUGCAUUAUCUGGUCUUAAAGAUUAGGAUGACAUAAUUUCUUCAUUUGAUGAUAAAAGUGUUUUAAAGUAAUAUAAAAAAAUGCCGAACCAGACAUCUUUUUACACUCUUCUUCCUGUUCCUGUUUCAUUAUUGAUUCCCCCACUUUUAGAGGUAGUACCCCUGCGCCCCUAUUUAUUGCUGAGAUUUUUUAAUUCUAUUUUUACCCCUACUGAGAUUUUUGUAUGAUAUAAUGUAUAUAUACUGUACAUAUAAUUAUUGUAUGUAUAUACAAAAAGUUUAAUUCUUUAAGAAGCAGCUUAUGAAAUAUAUUUUGAUGUGAAAGUAUUGUGAUCCCCUAGUGUUCCCUUUGUGAAAACAUUACAAAUGUAACUCGAAAUCUAUUCUGA